CUAAAGGGGGAACGGAAAUGUGAGGAUUUUAUGAGGGCGGGAAGCUGGGGUGCAGAGGAAAUAUUGCCCGGGGUUUGCUAGAGGGAACGAAGGACCGAACUACGCUUGCCCCUCGUUUGGCUCCGUCCUUUUUCGGUUUCCCCUUUCGCUUUAUUCUGGUACCUCUCCUGUACGUCCUGCCUUAAACUACCGUGAAAGGGAGGGAAGAGCGGAAGCAUGUCCAACCCGGAGAAGCGGAUCUUAUCCCGCCCCUCGGCCCCCCUGGCUGCAGCACCCGGGGAAAAGCUCGGCUCCGGCAGCCGCUCGCUCCACUCCCAUGGCCAGAGCAGCGGAGGUGGAGGCAGCGGCGGGUCUCCUCCUCCUCCCCCCGCUCCUGGAGGCGGCUCGGUUGCCUGCAGCUCCCUCUCUCUCCUCUUAACAACCACCAGCAGCAGCAGGAGCCGUGCUGCAGGGACAGCCUCCUCCGCCGCCUCCGCCAGCAUCGUCCCCAGAGCGGCAGCGGCUCCUUUCCUCGCUCCAAUCCCCUCCUUUUCCUCCGCUUCUCCAUCUUCUUUUUACUUCUUGCCGCCUCCUCCUCGUUUCUCCUCCUCAUCUUCCUUUAACCUCACAAGUCUCCAAGGGAGGGAAGGAGGAGGAGAGGCAGCGAGAGCGGCAGGAGGAGGAGGAAGAGAUGUUGGUGGAGCAGCAGCAGCAGCUCACUUGAUCGCCCAUCCAGGCAGCAGCGGCAGGAGGAGACUCUUCUCUCCUUUCUCCAUCCAGAGCUUGCUGCUCCGUUCCGCAGCCGGCGGUAACCUGCACCACUCCCGGUUCCUCCUCUCUCCACCCGCCUCUGGCCCGUGGUCCUGCGAUUCCCUCGGUGCUGCAGCAGCAGCAGCCCGCGGCGACGGGAUCCGAGGAGGCGACGGCCCCGGCGGGAGCAGGACUCCUAGGCGGCAGCAGCGGCAGAGAGGCGCCUUAUUCUCCUUCUCGUCUCCCCUGCUCCUAGGGCCAGACAUGGAAGAUGGAUCUAAUUCUGCAAGCUGCUUUAGGAGGUUUACGGACUGUUUCUUGAACACAAGUUUAACGGAUGAAAAAGUGAAGGCCUAUCUUUCUCUUCACCCCCAGGUACUGGAUGAGUUUGUGUCAGAAAGUGUAAGUGCAGAAACUGUGGAAAAAUGGCUAAAAAGGAAAAAUAACAGACAGGAAGAUGAAUCGACUCCCAAAGAAGUCAGCAGGUACCAGGAUACAAAUAUGCAAGGUGUAGUGUAUGAAUUGAACAGCUAUAUAGAACAGCGCCUGGAUGCAGGAGGAGAUAACCAACUAUUGCUGUAUGAAUUGAGCAGCAUCAUCAAAAUAGCUACAAAAGCUGAUGGAUUUGCACUAUAUUUCCUGGGAGAAUGCAAUAAUAGUCUGUGUGUAUUUACACCACCAGGAGCUAAAGAAGGACAACCGCGGCUCAUUCCUGCAGGGCCCAUCGCACAUGGCACUACAGUAUCUGCUUAUGUAGCCAGAUCCAGAAAAACGGUGUUAGUAGAAGAUAUUCUGGGGGAUGAACGAUUUCCCAAAGGUACUGGACUGGAAUCAGGGACUCGUAUCAAAUCUGUUCUGUGUUUGCCAAUUGUCACUGCAAUUGGUGAUCUGAUUGGUAUCCUGGAGCUUUACCGUCACUGGGGCAAAGAAGCCUUCCGUCUUAGUCACCAAGAGGUUGCAACAGCAAAUCUUGCAUGGGCUUCAGUAGCAAUACAUCAAGUACAAGUGUGCCGGGGCCUUGCCAAGCAGACUGAACUGAACGACUUCUUGCUUGAUGUAUCAAAAACGUAUUUUGAUAAUAUAGUUGCAAUAGAUUCACUACUUGAACAUAUAAUGAUAUAUGCAAAAAACCUGGUGAAUGCAGAUAGGUGUGCACUCUUCCAGGUUGACCACAAAAAUAAAGAGCUGUAUUCAGACCUUUUUGACAGCGGAGAAGAAAAUGAUGGGAAACCUGUCUUCAAGAAGACCAAAGAAAUAAGAUUUUCUAUAGAAAAAGGAAUAGCUGGUCAAGUGGCAAGAACAGGAGAAGUUCUUAACAUCCCUGAUGCCUAUGCAGAUCCACGCUUUAAUAGAGAAGUAGACCUCUACACAGGCUACACAACCAGAAAUAUCCUGUGCAUGCCUAUUGUGAGCCGAGGAAGUGUAAUAGGUGUUGUGCAGAUGGUGAACAAAAUAAGUGGAAGUGCCUUCUCUAAAACUGAUGAGAACAACUUUAAAAUGUUUGCAGUCUUUUGUGCUUUAGCCUUACACUGUGCUAAUAUGUACCACAGAAUCCGCCAUUCAGAGUGUAUUUACCGCGUAACGAUGGAGAAGCUAUCCUACCACAGUGUCUGUACAGCAGAAGAGUGGCAAAACCUCAUGCACUGUACACUGCCUCCACAGAUUUAUAAAGAAAUUGAACUAUACCACUUUGAUAUCAGCCCAUAUGAGGGUGUCUGGCCUGCCAUUUUUGUCUACAUGGUUCACCAGUCCUGUGGGCCAGCGAGCUUUGAACUUGAAAAACUGUGCCGGUUUACUAUGUCUGUAAAGAAGAAUUAUCGCCGUGUGCCCUACCACAACUGGAAGCACGCUGUUACCGUUGUACAUUGCAUGUAUGCCAUACUGCAGAACAACCAGCGGCUUUUCACUGAUCUAGAGCGAAAAGGUCUUUUGGUUGCAUGUCUGUGUCAUGACCUGGAUCACAGAGGUUACAGCAACAGCUAUCUUCAGAAGUUUGAUCACCCCUUAGCUGCUCUCUAUUCCACAUCAACAAUGGAACAGCACCACUUCUCGCAGACUGUGUCCAUCCUGCAGCUGGAAGGGCACAAUAUCUUCUCCAAUCUGAGCUCCAGUGAAUAUGAGCAAGUACUUGAGAUCAUCCGGAAAGCCAUCAUUGCUACAGACCUGGCCCUGUAUUUUGGAAACAGGAAACAGCUUGAAGAGCUGCAUCAGACAGGAGCAUUAAACCUUAAGAAUCAAGCACACAGAGACAGAGUGAUUGGUCUGAUGAUGACAGCUUGCGAUUUAUGUUCUGUAACAAAAUUAUGGCCAGUUACCAGACUGACGGCUAACGAUAUAUAUGCGGAGUUCUGGGCUGAGGGUGAUGAGAUGAAGAAAACGGGUAUCCAGCCUAUUCCUAUGAUGGACAGAGACAAGAAAGAUGAAGUCCCUCAGGGUCAGAUUGGUUUCUACAAUGCUGUAGCCAUCCCAUGUUACACCACACUUGCAAAGAUCUUUCCUUCAACUGGGCCACUGCUCCGGGCAUGCAGGGACAAUCUCAGCCAAUGGGAGAAAGUAACAAGAGGUGAGGAAGCCUCUAUAUGGAUGCCUGCCCAGUCCCUUCCUCCUGGGACCUCAGAUUCACUCCCUGUGAAGAUUGAUGACUGAACAGCAGAAGCAGAUUGCUUUAACCUGAAAAGCAUCACUUCUUGUUUUGGGGGUUGUCUUAUGUUUUGUUUCAUUUUUAUUUGGAAAAAAAAAAAAGAAAAAGAAAAGCUACAAAAUGCAGACUGAGAAGCAGAUCUGCCUAGGAAGGUAACGCCCAUGGAGUUACCUCAGCUAAAUGACUCUGGCAGCCAAUCUCCUGACCUACAUCAGUGACACAACGUGAACGGUGGGAAAACGACAACACAGAUGUUUUGGAAUCAGCUAUCAAAAGAGAACUUACGACUUGUGAAUAUAAAAGACUGGCCUUAUCUCAUGGGCUAUAUUGCUGAGGCCUUAAUUUAAAACUGAUGGGGGGUGGGGUAAAUCCAAGGGGGUACUUCUAAAUUGUAUCUUUCUAGUAAGGGUUUCAAUGGUACUUUUAUUAUACCGUACUGUGGCUGGCUUUAACACCAGUGUCACUUGGGAGUUCUUGGCUAUAAAUAGAACAAUAUACCCAUUGCUAUUGUGAAUGUUUAUGUGUGAUCUACUUGUAAUCAGUUUGAACUCCAGCAGAAUCCUUGAAGACUAUAAUUCUUGCUUAGGUUACAGUGAAUUCUCUUGCUGCAAACUAAAGGAAAACCAACCUUCAGGUUAAAGGUUUAAAAUACUUCAUUAAGCAUCAUGAUGCAAAUCGUCUGUCACUCACAAGGCAAAUGUUGAAAGAACUAGUGAUGGUGUUUUGUUCUUCAAAAUGAUUUAUAAACCUAGACAACUCCUUCCUUAAAACACUGGAAGUACUGGAUAUUUAUCUUCAAUAUGAGAGUUUCAGGUUGGAGUUUUUACAUCCAUAGUGACAGAAGUAUCAUUAAAAUUUAAAUGUGACAGCAAAGAUUUCCUUGCCUAGCUCACAAUUAAGCAGAAUAAUCAUUUUUGUUUCUACCUGCUGAGUUGUAUUUUAAAAGGUAUCAGAAGUCUGCUAUCUGCUGGGAACAAAAGCCUUGUCAGAAAAGUCAGGUCUGAUAAGAGGGAUUGUGGUACCAUCACAAUAAAUCAAAAAUGUUUUUGUAUUGACUAGCUCUUGUGUUGCACGGUAACACUGCAUGUCUUCUGCUGUUUCUUCCCCUUCCCCAAGAUGAGUGAAAUUAGCAAAUUUCUCCAUUAGUCUGUUUGCUUUUUUCCCCUAGUUCAGCAAAAUUUCCAGGCUCAGAACUCUCAAUGAAAGAAUAGCUGACUGAAGAAAAGUACUCUAAAAUAUUGUGUUUACAGUUCUGUGCUGACUUAGGCUUCAGCCUUACAAACUUUUGCACAGACUUUAGGACCUUACAUUUAAUGCCACUCCGCUCUUUUAAAUUUAGUGCAAUUGUACAGUAUGUUUCAACAACACUUAGUUUGCCCUCAUCUUUCUCUUAAAAAUCAGAAAAAAGUUUUUAUAUUGUUCCACACAGUAGGUGAAAAGACAGUCUUUGCAUACCUUUCACAUACAGCCUAUACUGCCUUAUAUGCUUUUUCACAGAAGAUAUUCUCUUGUAGAGGUUCUGUGAUAACAUGGCCAUUUAUGUAACUGCAACAAAUGGUAGUAGUGAGUUAAAGACAGAACACAGGUUUUCUUUCUCCAUCUCCUGUCUGUGGAGCUGUAUUGCUCUAAUAAGCACCCCAUCUUAUGGGUUUCAUGUAAAUGACUUGGACUCUUGAGUUUUGCCUUCUGUUAUGGUCGAGCACAUACCAGUAUCUGUCGAUGUGUAGAGUACAUGAUAUAUAAUCACAAAAUACAUAAAUGCACUUGAGCCUUUGCAGUACAUAGAUAUCCCAGAGGUUGAGUAUUCAAUAUGAAGUUACCUUAUUUGUAUGAUACAGGUUUACCUAGCAGCAGCUUAGUAAUUUUUUUUUGUUUAUUUUGCCAAUUCUAAGUGCAGAAAUUCAUUGUUAAACACAGCAAUUGAUUUUGGAAUAAGAAAAAAAAGGCAGAAGACAAUUACACGAAAAUAGAAUGAACAGUAUAUCAUGCUGUGUCCUCUGCUUUACUCCUUAGCAGUUCUGUUUUAAUUAAAUCUUGUAGAUGCAACCUUUCAUCCACUAAGUAUUUGAAAGACAAUACACAUUUCCUAAUACUUGAAAAUUAUCCAAAUCUUUGGUGACUACAAAAAUGCUGUCCGGCAUUCAGAUACCCCAACAACUGAAUGGAACGUUUUUCCUUCAUAGGUUAAGUGUAUUUUCUGUUAUUCUCCCUCUUUGAAUGCUGAUCUUAACAAGUGUUGCAAAAAUAUUCCUUAUCACAAUGUGUCUGCAUUAUGGAAAACUUUUAAUUCAACUUUUACUCAUUGACAGUAAUGACUUCACUAGUUCUGUUAGUUACCAUUCAAAAUAUUUGGCAGUAUCACAUAUUAUGUUUUAAAGUUUAUAAGUACUGUUACAGAACAUGUUUCCUUAACAAAUUUGUCAAAUCGGCAAUAAGUUGUUCUAGUAAUGUCUCAAGUCAAUCAGACAUUGUUUCUAAUAUAGAACUAUCCAAACCACAUAAAAUGUGUGUUUGCUAUAGAAUAACGUCCAUUGGAAUUAAAAAUUCUGACUCCAGUGGUUGUGGUUUGGUUUGUUUUCCUGGUGAGUAAAAGGAGAAAGGUCAUGACAAAAUGUUACUCUUUGGUAGAACGUAGACCCACGGUAGUAGCCACAUUGGGCUGUAUUUUCUAAGCAAGUUUAGUCUGUCUAAGCAUUUAGAGAGUGCAGAUUCAGAUGUGUAAUUUUUUUGUAGAAACAAACUUAUACUUGCAUUUCCAAAGUCAAAACCACCAAAAAUUAAAACUUUGAAGCUGCAGUUGAAUUUCAUGGCUCAAGUACACUUUGAGAUUUAGUUGUUCAAAAUUCUGGACUUGGGCUCACAGAGCAGUAAGACAUCUAGAUCUUCAAGACAUCUGGCCCAUUAAGUUAAACUGCCAAAAGCCAUUCGUCCUUGCAUUUUCAUCCUACUAAAACUGAUCUUGUCCAAGAUCAAUAAGAAUCUAUAAAAUGCCAACAGACCUCUCCUUUCCUAGAAGUGUUCGGCUUUAUAUUCCCAGAACUGCAUUAUUUUUGUAAACAGUGCCAAUUGCUUUUCCUUCUAAGGCUGGUAAAGGUAAAAGGACUGUUUGAAGCCAUAUCUGAGUGUUUCUAAUACAUUAUGAAAUGGUGCCUGAAAGGUAUGCACUAAGUGAGAAAAAUAGUUGACAUAGCGUGAUACUCAUCUGAGAUGUUGCAUAGUUUAGUACAGCAGUGACAGAAACUCCACUGUUAUAAUUAAUCUAUGGGUUUUGUACAGUGGUACAACAUUCUGCUGUAAGGGUUCAACUCAUGGCAGUAUAGUUUGUUAAAGUAUCCAUUUAGUUAUUACAUUAGAGGAAUGCAAUAUGGGGUGUUUUUUUUAAAUUGGAGUAUAUGAUAAAACAUAUUUCAAUUGGAGGGGACAUGCAGUGUGGAAUUAAUAUUUUUAUGUGGCACAGACUCCUUUCAUGUGUUUAAACUUAGAACAGUGUGAUCAUUUUGCUGUGACUGCAUUUAGAGCAUUUAGUGUCAAAAUUGUAGGGAUAGCAAAUAGCAUGGUUCAUGUUAAAAAGCAGAGAUUAUUAGAUGCUCAAAACAAUUAUGACCCUCUUGAAAAAAUGCAUUUGCCUCGAACACUGUGAUACAGGAACAGUUGUGUGAAGUGGAACAAUUAAUUUGUUCAUUCUAAGCACAGAAAAGGCUUUCUGCAUACUAUGACGAGGAGAUUCAUGGUCAAACUUUAGGUUGUAUUUCCCAAUCUAGCAAAGGCAAGUCAUAACUCUUAUUUUGCUUUCUGACCAAAAACUGUGCUCGAUUGUAAUACGGGUGUCAAUACUCUGUCAAAAAAACUAAAAUAACAGACUGCUUUCUAGGGUAGAUCAAACUGGUUUGUAGAGUAGAUUCAUAUAUAUUCAAAAUUCAGGUUGGGCUGUUAUGUGAAGAAGAAAGAACUUCAAGGAAACAACAUUCGACUUUACUACGUUUAGUGAGCUGAAAAAUUUGUUUUAUAUAUAUAUUUACACACAGACACACACGCAUAUGAUACAUAUAAACUAUCUUUGUAAAAAAAAAACACAAAAAAAUAUGCAAGUGCAAUAAUUUAAAGAGGUCUUAACUUUGCAUUUAUAAAUUAUAAAUACUGUACAUGGUGUGUAAUUUUUUUCAUGUAUUCAUUUGCAGUCUUUGUAUUUAAAAAAAAAAAAAACAACCUAAACCUUUACUAUUACGUUUGUACAAUAGAACAGUAAGCAUUUAUUAUGAUAUAGUUAAGUUGUAAAUAAAUUCACAAACCAAACAGCCAGUACAUAUGCAUAUAUGGGUGUCCUAUUGUGAAACCUGUUUUUGCUUUUUCUGCUGGCUUUAGCACAGCAAGACUACUUCUGUGGAUAUGUAAUUAUACAUAUAAAUAUAUGUAUGAUACAUAAAAUAUAUUUAGAAAUGUUCAUAAUUUUAAUGGAUAUAUCUAUACAUAUACUUUGGUGUGAAUAUUACUGAAUACAGAGUUUUUUAAUAUUA